GCUUCUGAUUUCUCCCCUCUCCUGAAAUUUUGCCUCUCGCCAUCUCUCCACAAACCCUCCAAAACCCUAACCCUAGGGGAGGAGGGCCGGGAUGAUCAAGGCACUCACCACAGGUAUGCGGUGCGCUAAUCACGUCACGCGGGAUGGUUUUUUCUUUUGUUUUGCAGACGUGGAGAAGUUCUACCAGUAGUGCGACCCAGGUGAGCUUUUCUUCCCCCCCCCCUCUCCCUCCUGAGUUCUUGCCGAUUCGUCGCUCUCGGGGCUCAAAUUCGUGGUGUUCUUGCUGUUUUGGCUCGGGGAAGGAGCGGUUUUUCAGCUGUUUUGGACUUUUGGUGGGCGAUUUCUGGGUGUUCAGCAUGUUUUGAGGAGUUUUUGCUGGCUGAAAGGGGAAAUGUUUGGGUGGGUUUUAGUGUUCUAGACACUGAUUUGGGAGCGCUUUUUUUUUUGCUGGAAUUUUUGUUUUCUGGAUUGGGGAUUUUUACCCUUUCAGGCGGCGAGGAAUCUGCGGCAGAGAAGCCCGGCGGUGGGCGGAGGCGAAGGACUCGGCUGCGUGCUUGCGUAGCUUUUGGUUUUCCUUUUUCGUAGUGGGAAGUUUUUUCUGUGGGAAGACGGACGAAACUCCGUUAAGAUAUAGAACCAUGACCCACCCAGUAAGAAAUUUCGUAGGGAAGGGGCGGACGGGAGCGCAAGAAAUGGCGGCGGUGGCUGACGAUGUCACGGUGCUCCACGGCGGGGUCGUCGUCACCAUGGACAGCGGGUUCCGUGUCUUCCGCGACGGCGCUGUCGUGGUCGCCCGGGACCGCAUCGUGGCCGUGGGGCACUCGGCCGACAUCCUCUUGUUCUACCCCCGGGCUGCGUGGAAGGUUGACCUUGCAGGCCGCAUCCUUCUCCCCGGGUUCAUCAACACACACGUGCACACAUCGCAGCAGCUGGCACGGGGGAUCGCCGACGACGUUGACUUGAUGACAUGGCUGCACGGGAGGAUCUGGCCCUAUGAGUCCCACAUGACAGAGGAGGACUCCUAUGUCUCCACUCUCCUCUGCGGCAUCGAGCUUAUUCGAUCCGGAGUAACCUGCUUUGCUGAAGCAGGUGGGCAAUAUGUUUCAGAAAUGGCACGUGCAGUGGAGUUGCUGGGAUUGCGUGCAUGCUUAACAAAAUCAAUAAUGGAUUGUGGUGAAGGGUUACCUCCAAACUGGAGCUCUUGUUCCACUGAUGAUUGCAUUCAGUCACAGAAAGAUCUAUAUGAAAAGCAUAAUAACACAGCUGAUGGGCGCAUUAGGAUAUGGUUUGGGCUGAGACAGAUCAUGAAUGCAACAGAUCGUUUACUGCUUGAAACAAGAGAUGCUGCUCAGAAGCUGAAUACUGGAAUUCACAUGCAUAUUGCAGAAAUACCCUAUGAAAAUCAGCUUGUAAUGCAGACUAAGGGAAUUGAUCAUGGGACAGUGACGUAUUUAGAGAAAAUCGAUUUUCUUAGGAGUAAUUUGCUGGCUGCUCAUUCUGUUUGGUUGAAUACGGCUGAGAUUGAGCAUUUUUUAAAAUCUGAAGUGAAGGUUUCUCACUGCCCUGCAUCUGCUAUGAGGAUGUUGGGGUUUGCUCCAAUUAGAGAAAUGCUGGAUUCUGGUGUUUGUGUCUCUCUUGGUACAGAUGGAGCACCAAGUAAUAACAGAAUGAGCAUUGUUGAUGAAAUGUACCUAGCCUGCCUUAUUAACAAAGGCCGUGAAGCAUACAUCACUGGUACUACGAACCCAACUGUUCUUCCCGCAGAGACUGUAUUGAAGAUGGCUACUAUUAAUGGUGCAAAAGCAGUUCUCUGGGACAAUGAAAUUGGUUCGCUGGCGGUUGGGAAGAAGGCGGACAUGGUUAUUGCAAAUCCAUUUACAUGGUCCAUGGUCCCAAUGCAUGACUGCAUCGCCAACAUAGUUUAUUGCAUGAGAACAGAAAAUAUUGAAUCUGUUAUGUGCAAUGGUCGAUGGAUUAUGAGGGACAAGAAGAUUGUAAAUCUAAAUGAGGAGGAGGUAAUUGCUUCGGCUGGAAAAAGGGCGAGCGACCUCCUUGCAAGAGCCGGCAUCAAUCUACCGAAUCGUAUGAACUACGUGUGAUGAUAAUCAUCUUGCAUUUUCUCCAUGCCUUGC